AGUCAGAGUCUUCUCUUAACAAAAUGGGUCACUAUUCUGAUAAUUGCUCUCAUGACUUGGAUACAUUUUGGGAUGAGUUGAGAAACAAAUGUGUGCCAUGUCAUCAACAUCCACAGCAUCCGAUCCGACCAGGGUACGAAUUUAGUCCAAACUGUGGCAGGCAUGAUGAUGGGGGGAAGUCGGAAGGACCGUAUCGACUUUGUGCCGCCCAGACCUUCAAUAAUGGGAGUUUCGUGACCUGCAAACCCUGUUCUAGCUGCCCCGCAAAUUAUCAAAAGCUGUCCGAAUGCAACGCAACGACAAACACGCAAUGCUGCGGAUCGAGGGACCAGACAGGCUGUUGGAAAGAAGCCCUGGGUACUACGACUCAACAGGUGCAACGGUCAACAACGUUAAGGGUCCAAAUGUCAACAUCAAAUCCCACCACAGCCAAACACAUUGAUCCGACAUUACAUGUCAACCAUCAGACUGCGUGGAUAGUGCUUACUGUCAUCUUGGUUCUCUCUGUACUUGCAUUUCUCUUAUUCAUCUAUAUUAAGAAGAGAAGGAGAAGAUCAAGAGCCUUUUGCUUCAGAGAUAAGGAUAAUAAGCCAUGCUUUAAGGUCAACCUCAACUGCCUCCCAUCAGACAAUAUCCUGUAUACCAACCAACAGUCACGGAGCAGUAGGAGAACAGCAGCUGUCAAUGAAGAGGUUGCUCUCCUACAGUCAGAGACAAGGAGCCUAGAGGACAUUUUGAGUCCUGACAUCCAGUCGGCGCCGCUGCAGACGGUUCUGGACAACCUGGACGUUCUAGAGGAGCUUGUGAUCCUGCUGGACCCGGAGAUCCCUGGGGCGAAGAACACCAGGCACCUAGCAUCUCGCUGCUCCUUCCCCGCCACCUGGAUUACCUACACCUACUCCCUGAGGGACAGCAAGAGCCCCCUGAGGGCCGUGCUGGAGGGGAUCACCACCAAGCACCCAGACUGGACUGUAGGACAAUUGGCCAGGCUGCUGAGAGAGAUGGACCGGAACGACGCAGUGGCGGUGCUCACCAAGCUCGCCUUGCUUAAGGUUGUCUAGUCCGGGUGUGUUUUGUGUUGGGCCCGGAAAAGAUGGCUCCAUCCAGAUACAACCACGAGUCUCUACCACCUGCCAAGGCACUGAGAUAUAACAAGAGGGCAAGUAGGAGGCAUGCUUUCCUUGGGGACCCCAAAGUCCCAAGGCAGUGAUUGGCAACACUGUUCUUUUGCAUUAGGGUUCAAAUAAGAUAUUUAACUGUGAUAACAUGGCACUUAUUACUUAAAGCAGAGAUGUUAACCCCGGUGUCCUGAAAACGAAGAGCUGCACACUCUAGUAGCUCAGAUGCAAUAAUGUCAUAACCUAAUAACCAACGUUUCGACAGACAAGCUGUCUUCAUCAGGGUAUAAUGACAAACACGGUGGGGUGAUUAGUUUAUAUAGCGUCAAAGGACACACACGUGUCUGUAAUCAUGACCGGGUGUGGCUUGAUAUC